AGACGCUCCGCCGCGCACUGGUUAUAAUAUUAUAUUAUUGUUUCGCUUCGACCGGCACACGGGCAGUACGGACGAAACAUAUCGUCUCGUCACUCGCCAAUAAAAAAUAUUAGGUAUAUAAUAUAUUAUAUUCGUUAAAUAUUCCUACUAUAUUAAAUUCGUUCUCGUAAGUUGUUCGGUCUCUUGCAGAUUUGUCGAAGUCACCGGUGACACUCGCAACCGUUGCAAUUGUUUUUCACUGCAACUUAACGUAUCACCCGACCAAAACAUUUUUUUUUUCACACGUAUGGCAAUGGAAGCCAAAAUCGAAACCACCUGGUCGGACUACGCCCACGCCACCGGUGCAUCCGAGGCCGGGCCGGCACAUAUUUUGCCGCGGAAAUAUUCCAACGACACCGGUAACCGUAACAACAACCGCGGCGGCAGUCAUAACCACAUCGGUAAAGGUUCCAAGAUCAACAACAACGUCGUCGACAUACUCGACUUGGCCGUGCCGCAGUCCAAGGUCAGGCCCAUCGACCGGCUGUUGGACAGAUACGACUGGUCGUCCGCGUCAAUGACGCCACUGCUGCAUGACACUGAUCGUCCGCAGCGGGCGCAGUACGACCAUCCGCUGUCUCGUCCAGGCCGACCAGAGCCGUCACCACCGCGUCGACCACCGCCUCCGCCGCCACCACCGACUCGACCACCGUUGGGCAGUUGGGCCUCGGAAUUUUCAGACCACAAGCAACCCGUCCGGAAAACUCUGUGGAAACGCGCAAGGGAGUUGGUGAGCAGUUUCUUCGUACGCGCCGCCGCCACCGUUGGACCUAACGUCGAUUGCUUCUGGUCACACUAAUAGAUAUAAUCGGUAAGGCCAUCAUGUCCAGAUAUUGUUAUAAUUGGGUUUUUUUUUACGUAACAGUCUUCCUAAAACAGUUUGUAUUUCUUAUCGUUCAAAAAUAAAAAAUUAUAUUCUUUCGUUUUUAAGUAUGCGACAGGCUUACCAGUCGUCAGUGUAGCGAUUAAACUUGGCAGUGGAGUGAGAAAAUUACAGGCGUGUACAACUCAAAAUAUAAUAUAUUAAAUAAAUAUAUUUUUUUAAAAUUAAUAAUAAUGGUCGAUAGACAUAACUCAAAUUCACUUCAAUAGUAGGUAUAAUUUACAAACACGCGGUUUGCUUAUAAAUACAUUUUUUUUUUAAAUAUGUGUUUAGAUACAUUAAUUAUUUAAAUUUUUUACUUAAUAUUAAAACCUAUAUUAUUUUUUGACGUUUCACGGUACCUAGUGCGACAGUAUAUUAUUAUCUUUACAAUUCACGAAGUUCCGUUAAACUUAUACACCGAAGUGAAAAUCUCAUCGGACCUGUAUUACCUAUAUAUAAUUUGAUAAUACAGGAAAAGUAUUAAAUUAUAUGACUUGCGAGUGUGAAUACUGAACACUUCAAUCGAAUUUCGUAGUUGUCCGGUAUACGCGCUGUGUAUUCAAUCCGAGUACAAUAAUACAAUAUACAGAGUGAGCUGCUGUGUUAUCUCCACAUAUAGCUUCAUAACUUAUGAUAUAAUUAUGAAGCUAAUGAAAAAAAAAACAUUCACAGCCACCGCUCUGUGUAUUUAGCCUUUGCGUGUAUACUCGUGUGUCUAGACUAGUCAUCCGCCAACAUAAUUCCGUUCGUAAGAUUCUUAAAUACUCCACUGCUGCUUCACUCCGUACCAUACACCUAGCCACUAUACCUGAAUAGUUCACUAUAAUAUAUGGUAUUUUACUGGUUUUUAACAUUUGUUUAAAUCGUGUGACCCUUUUUUUGUUUUAAACAUUUUCAUUUGAAAUUAAACAUAAUAAUAUUAUUAUCUUCGGAAUAAUUCCUAGUAUAAUUGUUUUCAAAGCUUUACGUAUAAUUAAAUAAUGUACUGUUUAAUAAUAACGCAUAACUGGAAUUAUUUACUGUCUUAUCAAAAUUAUAUUCUGUAUUAUCAUUAUCAUUAUAUUAACUUUUAUGACAAAAUGUUUUAUAAAUGAUUGUAUUAUCAAAACUAUAAUAUUGUGUAUUAUUACUAUUAUAUUAUUAACUUUUACUACACAAUGUUUUAUAUUGAAUUUAAUUAUAACAAUUAUUUUUGGAACAUAAUAUUUACAUACGACAUACCUAUUGUUAAGUAUACCCGUUUUUAUAUGGCAUAA